AUGGAGAAGAAGAACUUCACCACCCCAGUGACAGAAUUUGUCCUCAUGGGCCUCACUCAGAGACCUGAGCUGCAGCCGUUCCUUUAUGUGACUUUCUUAAUAGUCUACAUAAACACCUGGCUGGGAAACUUCAUCAUCAUCACCACUGUGAUCUCUGACUACCAGCUCCACACCUCCAUGUAUAUCCUGCUGGCCAACUUGGCUUUCCUAGACAUCAGCGAAUCAUCAGUCAGUACUCCAAAAUUACUCUCAGAUCUCCUCUCACAGCAUAAAACCAUCUCAUUCAAUGAGUGCAUCCUUCAGAUGUUUUUCUUCCACUUCUUUGCUGGCGCUAUGGGGUUUUGCCUUGUGGGGAUGGCGGUCGAUCGGUACAUGGCCAUCUAUAAACCACUGCAGUACUUGACUAUCAUGAACCAGGGUGUAUGCAUGAGGAUAGUGGCAUUGGCAUGGCUGGUUGGAUUGGCUCACUCUGCUCUUCAGACUGGACUGCUCCUCCAGUUACCGUUCUGUGGUCCAAACAUCCUGGACAAUUUCUACUGUGAUGUCCCACAAGUCAUCAAACUGGCCUGCACCGACACUCACUUGGCUGAAAUGCAGAUGAACUUCAACAGUGGGGUACUGAUCAUAAUAAUGUUCAUCAUUCUGCUUAUUUCUUACACCGCCAUCUUAAUCAAGAUCAGGACACAUGUCACGGAAGGGAAACGCAAGGCUCUGUCCACCUGUGGAACCCAGAUCACUGUGAUGUGUUUGCAAUUCAUACCCAGCAUCUUCAUCUAUGCCUGGCCCGUCAAGCAGUUCACCCUGCAUAAGGUGGUCUCAGUCAUUUACUCUGUAAUCACCCCAAUGCUGAACCCGAUGGUCUACACCCUGAGAAAUGCCGAGAUGAAGAAGGCCAUCAGGAGACUAUUGAACAAAAUGCUGUUCUCACGGAGGGAAAGACAGACAUAG